GAAUCGAAUGAUGGCUCAGUUUCGAGAUAACAUCCAACGGAGUAAUGUCAAUCUGCCGGCUGCAAACUCGUGCGUCCUCCAUUUUUACCACAUCGAUCCGCUUGUUUAGUUCCGCAAUUGCGAAAAGUAUGGAUAAACACGAAGUAGUGCCAGAUGUGGUACCGGUUGCCCCGACCGAAGUGGCCAAGGUAACGUACCCGAGCGGGGCGGUCGUGAGCGAGGGAAACGUACUCACCCCAACCCAGGUAAAGGAUGUACCGAAGGUGGAAUGGAAUGCAGAAAGUAGCGCCAUGUAUACGCUAUGCAUGACCGAUCCGGAUGCACCGAGCCGCAAGGAACCGACAUACCGCGAAUGGCAUCAUUGGCUAGUUGGAAACAUUCCCGGCGCCGACGUCUCGAAGGGGGAAACUCUCUCGGCGUAUGUUGGAUCAGGUCCGCCUCAGGGAACCGGUCUCCAUCGUUACGUAUUUCUGGUGUACAAACAAAAUGGCAAACUAACCUUUGAUGAGCCACGGCUGACCAAUACUAGCGCGGACAAUCGCGGUGGAUUUGCCAUCCGUAAGUUUGCUGAGAAGUACAAGCUAGGCAACCCGGUUGCAGGAAACUUAUAUCAGGCCGAAUACGACGAUUAUGUGCCGGAACUGUACAAGCAGCUGGGUGCAUAAAAUGGUCCCGUUCCCAAUAGGAGCCAAGCUAAAUUGGCUUAAUUGAAGGGUAGCAGCAAUAGCAUCGCCUACUGAAACCGUGUACCGUAUUGCACUUAAUAUGCCUGUUGGAAACAAUUUUCAUUCAAGCGACAGAAAUUGCUAGAAGCAAGACCUGAAUGAUCGAAAAGAAAAAUACAACAAGAAUAAAAAUAAACAACACUGAUAAACCUA